AUGGAAAGACGUGGAGGGGUUUAUGUAUAAAUGCAGUGAUCUUACAGAUCCAGUCUGGUCCUAGGAAGGUUUGAGUCAGCCACAAUGAUUGGCCUGAUUGUUGUCACACUUCUGGGUGCUGCAGCUGCAGCACCUACGGAUGACAGGAUUGUGGGUGGCUAUCAGUGUCCAGCCCACUCUCAACCCUGGCAGGUGUCUCUCAAUGUCGGCUACCACUUCUGUGGCGGCUCCCUCAUCAACGAACAGUGGAUCAUCUCUGCUGCCCACUGCUGGCAAAACCCCCCGACACAAAUUGCCAUCUUGGGAGACAACCACAUCUGGCAGAACGAGGGCACAGAGCAGUACAUGUCAGUUGAUGUCAUCUACUGGCAUCAGAGUUAUGACUACAAGACCCUAGACUACGACAUCAUGCUGAUGAAGCUGGCGCACCCUGUCACUGUGAACCAGUACGUUAAGCCUGUAGCCCUGCCCAAAGCCUGCCCCACACCCGGGGACAUGUGCACGGUGUCUGGAUGGGGGAACAUCUACACUGAUCAAGUGUUCAACCCGUUUUACCUGCAGUGUGUGGAAGUCCCAAUUCUGUCUUACAAGGAGUGUGAUAGUUCCUACCCCGGCAAGAUCACUGACCGCAUGGUGUGUGCUGGAUACCUGGAGGGAGGAAAGGAUUCUUGUCAGGGUGACUCUGGUGGUCCUCUGGUGUGUAACGGGGAGCUGCAGGGUAUUGUCUCGUGGGGCCAGGGCUGUGCUCAACCCAACUACCCAGGUGUUUACACCAAAGUGUGCUCUCUGAUGCCCUGGAUCAAUGAGAUUCUCUCCACAUACUCCCCAGAGACAUUGCACAUGGUGCCAGCAGGGGCACAGCUGGUGGGCAGAGCCACAGGCUUCACAUACUGGUUGAGGAUGGCGGGCUUGCUCAACUUGAUCAGCAUGAUGUCAUUGUCGAUGGUGACUCCAAGUAAAGUCUCUCAUCGUCAGGAUCACUCAGCAACCAUGAGGUCUCUGGUCUUCGUUCUGCUCAUCGGAGCUGCUUUUGCUACAGAGGAUGACAAGAUUGUCGGAGGGUAUGAGUGCACGCCCUACUCCCAGCCCCAUCAGGUGUCUCUGAACUCUGGCUACCACUUCUGCGGUGGCUCCCUGGUCAACGAGAACUGGGUUGUGUCUGCUGCUCACUGCUACAAAUCCCGUGUGGAGGUGCGUAUGGGAGAGCACAACAUCAGGGUCACUGAGGGAAACGAGCAGUUCAUCAGCUCCUCCAAAGUUAUCCGCCACCCUAAAUACAACUCCUACAACAUCGACAAUGACAUCAUGCUGAUCAAGUUGAGCAAGCCCGCCACCCUCAACCAGUAUGUGAAGCCUGUGGCUCUGCCCACCAGCUGUGCCCCUGCUGGCACCAUGUGCAAUGUCUCCGGCUGGGGCAACACCAUGAGCUCCACUGCUGAUGGUAACAAGCUGCAGUGCCUGAACAUCCCCAUUCUGUCUAAGAGCGACUGUGAUAAAUCCUACCCUGGCAUGAUCACUCAGUCCAUGUUUUGCGCUGGAUACCUGGAGGGAGGCAAAGACUCUUGCCAGGGUGACUCCGGUGGCCCCGUCGUGUGCAACGGUGAGCUGCAGGGUAUUGUGUCCUGGGGCUAUGGAUGUGCUGAGAAGAACCGCCCCGGUGUCUACGCCAAGGUCUGUCUCUUCAAUGACUGGCUGGAGACCACCAUGGCCACCUAUUAAGUCUGAUCCUGCGAUCGCCAUGCUCACUUUCUUCCUCAUUCUAACUUCAGUGUUGUUGAGUUUUGAAAAAUGUGCAGCCAUUUUUUCAUCUGAGUCAAUAAAGUCUCACACCUCGACUUUCAAGUGA